AUGAACCGCUAUCCACACUCCAAUUACGGCGAUGCGCCGCCCGCAUACCCCGAUAACGAAACAUCGUCCUUUCUGUCGGACCCCGAGUCGCCGAUCAAUGCCUCGCGUCUCAAUGGAGGCACACUACGAUUGUUGCCAACCAGCGGUGAUGGCGCCAGUGACUUAGCCAGUACCCAUAGAGCUCCUUCGCCCUCUCAGUAUGAGCCGGACUAUGACCACACUCCGAACGGACAACAUAGAGGCUAUGAUCAUUAUUACGAAGUGCCCAGUGUGUCUUCACCCUCACGUCCGCCAUCCAGCCUAGCCAGUGGGCCCCAUAUCCCGCCUCCAACAGCAAGCCUCGCAGACUCGUCUAUCUACCCGUCUAUUCCCCCACGCACAGGAUCCCCAAUUCGCCCGUGGAGCCCAUCGCACAUCCGAGCCGGAUCCUUUUCAAGUGUUGGAUAUGAACGCGCCGAUAUCAAUGGCAGUCCGCGACCCGGUACACCCAGCUCCAGGUAUGGGGGUAGCCCUCGUCGGCCACUACCUCCCGCUCCUUUGUUCUCUGGGCCAAGAACGACAGUGGAUACGAGUAUUGACAUUGGCGAUGGCCACGGCGGAGAAGAUCCGUUUGGCGGGGAUGGACGAACAAUUCACCACACCUCGCGCGGUAGUGUUCGAUCAUUCAUGAGCGAAUCAACAAUGUUGGGAGACGAGAAGGAUGGCUUGGAGAAAAUCGACCUCGAUGAGGAAUACGACGACGAAUCACAUAUGAUGGAUCCUAACCUUCAUUACGGCCCCGCACCUGAAAAGCAGGGUCGUCGGGGUGUCCGAUCCAAGCAGGUCGCCAAAAGAGAAGUCCAGCUGGUGAAUGGUGAGCUGAUCUUGGAGUGCAAGAUCCCUACCAUUCUUCAUAGCUUUUUGCCUCGCCGCGACGAGCGUGAGUUUACCCACAUGCGAUAUACCGCUGUCACAUCCGAUCCAGAUGAUUACGCGGAGCGCGGUUACAAGCUUCGACAACAAAUUGGUGCCACUACGCGCGAGACAGAGCUCUUCAUUUGUAUCACCAUGUACAACGAAGAUGAAAUUGGCUUCACCCGUACUAUGCAUGGUGUCAUGCGCAACAUCAGUCACUUCUGUUCGCGAACCAAGUCGCGUACUUGGGGCCGUGAUGGAUGGAAGAAGAUCGUUGUUUGUAUUGUUUCUGAUGGUCGUAAGAAAGUUCACCCGCGUACUCUCAACGCAUUGGCUGCCCUGGGUGUUUACCAAGAGGGUAUCGCAAAGAACAUUGUGAACCAGAAAGAGGUCCAAGCACACGUGUACGAGUACACCACGCAAGUUUCGCUCGACGAUGACCUUAAGUUCAAGGGUGCCGAGAAGGGCAUUGUUCCAUGUCAGGUCAUCUUCUGUUUGAAAGAACACAAUAAGAAGAAACUGAACUCCCACCGAUGGUUCUUCAAUGCUUUCGGCCGUGCUCUACAACCCAACAUUUGCAUUUUGCUUGAUGUUGGAACCCGCCCAGAGCCAACAGCGCUAUAUCACCUGUGGAAGGCAUUUGAUCAGGACUCAAAUGUUGCCGGUGCUGCCGGUGAGAUUAAGGCUGCCAAGGGCAAGAACAUGCUCGGUUUGCUCAACCCCCUUGUGGCCAGUCAGAACUUCGAAUACAAGAUGUCGAACAUUCUUGACAAGCCGCUUGAAUCAGUCUUUGGUUACAUUACUGUGUUGCCCGGUGCGCUCAGUGCCUACCGGUUCUUUGCCCUGCAAAACGAUGCCGAUGGCCAUGGCCCACUCAACCAGUAUUUCAAGGGUGAAACACUUCAUGGUCAGGAUGCAGACGUUUUCACUGCCAACAUGUAUCUGGCCGAAGAUCGUAUUCUUUGCUGGGAGUUGGUUGCUAAACGAGAAGAGCGAUGGGUGCUGAAGUUUGUCAAGAACGCUGUUGGAGAAACUGAUGUGCCGGAUACUGUCCCUGAAUUCAUCUCCCAGCGUCGAAGAUGGCUGAACGGUGCUUUCUUCGCCGCCGUGUACUCGAUUUUCAACGCAAAGCAGAUCUGGAAGACGGAUCACACUCUUGCUCGAAAGAUCCUGCUUCACAUCGAGUUCUUUUAUCAAUUCCUCAACUUGCUGUUUACCUACUUCGGUCUUGCCAAUUUCUAUCUCGCUUUCUACUUCAUUGCUGGAUCUUUGGCUGAUAAAAAGCUUGAUCCUUUUGGUCACAACAUGGGCAAAUACAUUUUCAUCGUUUUGAAAUAUGCUUGUAUCCUGGUUAUGUGUUUGCAGUUCAUCAUCUCGUUGGGUAAUCGACCGCAAGGUGCUAAAAACUUGUACCUGACUGGAAUCAUUGUGUAUGCCAUUAUUAUGUUCUACACCGUCUUCUGUGCUCUCUACUUGGUGGUCAAGGAGUUACUCGCACGUGCUGGUGUUACCGACGAUAUGGAAGUUGGCGAUGGUCUCAUGAUGAACAUUGUCCUUUCUAUGUUGUCAACCGUGGGUCUCUACUUCUACGCCUCGUUCCUCUACCUGGACCCGUGGCACAUGUUCACUUCUUCGGUUCAAUAUUUCCUACUCAUGCCUAGCUACAUUUGUAUCCUGCAAGUGUACGCCUUCUGCAACACCCACGACGUUACGUGGGGUACCAAGGGUGACAACGUGAUCCAUACUGAUCUCGGUGCCGCAAAGGCCAUCAACGGCUCAACCGUCGUCAUCGAGAUGCCCUCCGAGCAACUCGACAUUGACUCUGGCUAUGACGCCGCGCUGCGCAAUCUCCGUGAUCGCCUCGAGGUUCCUGAGCCCCCACCAUCCGACUCCCAGUUGCAAGAGGAUUACUACCGCGCUGUCCGUACUUACAUGGUUUGCAUCUGGAUGAUCGCCAAUGUGAUUCUCGGCAUGGCCGUAUCAGAAGUCUAUGGCAUCGAUGCCGGUGGCACGAACGUGUACCUUGCCAUCAUCCUGUGGUCUGUGGCCAUUCUCGCUGGUAUCCGUGCUAUCGGCUCAACUACCUACGCCAUCCUGAACGUCGUCCAAAUGAUCGUCGAAGGAAAGACGAAGUUCGAUGCCGGUAACAUGUCAAAUUUCGCGCCUAGUUCUCACGGUGGGUCUAGCACCGGUAAUCCCUCUGAGGCUGGCGCUAAAUCCGCCCGUCCUGUCCGCUACGGCGGCGGUGCUACCAUGAAGGAUAGGUUUGCUGAGGCUCGUUGGUCUGCUGGAAGGCUCGUUGGAAAAGCUAUGUUCUGGCGUAAGUAG